AUGGGUUCCGGAAACUAUGCAAAAGUUUGCAAACAAAUUGUAAGCAAUUAUGAUAACCUAGAAGAUAGUCACAAAGAGUUUUGUAAGAAACUUGUGAGAAAUUUAGGGUGUUAUAAUUUUGGUAAUAAAUAUAACGAUCCUUCACAUGAACAUUGUCAUAUUUUAUACAACUGGAUAUAUAAUAAAAAAGAGGAAUAUAAAAAUUUAGAUGAAAUUAUUACCAAAUGUUUUAAUAAUUGUAUUGAUUUAAAGGAUCGCAUAAAAGAUAAACUUAAAUGCUCUUAUGAUUUAUACAACAAUUUUUAUAAAGAUCCAAUGAAAAUGACCAUAUUAGACAUUUUUAAUAAUAAUAUGGAAAGUAUUAUAAGAAAAUUAAUAGAUGAAUACGAUAACGAUGAUAGUCCCGCACGAAACUUUGUAUGUGAAUACGCUAAUAUAUAUAAUGAAAUGUAUGAGAAUUACUGUAAUAAUGAAAAGAAAUCGGAUACAUAUCACCAAGAUACAUGCAACAUGUUAAACAGUUUUAGGUAUUCAUAUAUGCAAUUUUUUUACAAUAAUAAUAAUAUAGUCAAAAAAUAUAAAAUACCAUCCUUAUUUAAUUUAGAAAAUGAAUAUUCCUAUAAGUGUACAUCGUCACCAAAAACAUUAGAAAGAGUUACUCUUAGUCAAGGAAAUAAAGAAACAUCUUCACCUUCAAAUAAUGAUCAUAGUAGGAAUACAGAUGCAUUUACACCUUCAAUGAGAGUUCCUAAUAACAUUACACCUAGCUAUUCAAUUUCAACAGAAAGUUUUGUUCAAAAUGAAGAAAGAUCAUUACAAUCCAGUGAAUUUAUUCAGGAAAUUCCAGCUAUUGUUACCAUGGCUGAUGAAAAUCAUAGAACAUAUAGUUCUGGCUCGAUAAGUACAACAGAAGCUCUUGGUACCGAGACUGAUGAAGAUCAUAGCGCAGAUAGUUCUGUCCCGUCAAGUACAACAGCCGCUGCUGGUACUGAGGCUAAUGAAUCUCAUAGCACAGGUAGUUCUGGUCGGUCAAGCACAACAACAGCUCUUUCUACCGUGGCUGCAGUAUCUUCGGCAUUAGCUUUAUUAUAUAAGGUAUAA